AUAUCACACUGCGAGUCAUUGGCUUUAACGACCUGUCGCUUGUGGUACAAAAGGACCGGUUCUUGGUGGUAGCUAUAAACCGACCCGUCGUCUACGCACUGCUUCCUUCUGACGGUUUUAAAAAGCAGAUUGAUAUUUUGAUCCAUGGCGGUGGUCAUCUAUAACCAGCUCUGUGCGCUAUUUCAAAAACCCUUCUUCUUUCCUCCCCGAACUCGAAAGAUGGUGGCGACUCAGGCCGGUUCCAAGAGGCCCACUUGUGCUUCAUGUUCAAAACCCGCUUGGCUCUGCCUCUGCAAAAGAAUCAAGAAACCCCGGCUCGAUAACUCUGUUAGGGUGACUAUUCUCCAGCACAGUCUAGAGAAAAAACACCCUCUUAAUUCUGCUAAGAUUGCGAGACUAGGCCUCAAGAAUCUGAUUGUAUCCGCUGUUUCUGAUGUGCACAUGGAAGCCCGGUUCGUUAUUCGGUCACUGGACCAGAAUUGUGAUAUGGGUUCCAAUGGAGUAGAUUGUGAUCAGCAUGUGAAAAAUAUGGAUACCCGAAAGUCAAGCUUUGAGGAAUGCAGUGAAAUGGGUUCAGAAGAAGAAAAUGUGGAUAACUCAGAAUGUGAAUCGUUUGCAAAAUGCCCCAGAGAGAAAAGCAUUGGCUUUGUUGAUGCUAAUGGGAAAUGCAGUUUGGAGAGUGAUAUAGGUUGUGAAAAUACUCGAAACGAAUUAGAAAGUGAUGAACAUGGUGUUGGCAAACAUGGACCAAUUAUCACUGCUACAGUCGGCAAACAUGGUGUUGUUAUCUCUCUUUCCCAUAGUUGGAUGCAGCAAAGCGAUUGGGAGAAGCCAGAUUUCAAUAAGAUUUUAGACACUCCAGCGGCUUGUACCGCUCUUUCAAAAGGAUUUAGUGUACGGAAGUUGCAAAAGCAGCCAGUGGAAGGGCGCUUGGAAUUGGAAGAGGAAAUGGAGUUUGAAAUUGAUGUGCCUCCUGGAUCUGCGCUCUUAUAUCCAACUAAAGAGGCAUUUAGUAUAAAUGGUGUAGAGGACAUCAAUUUUGAGGUGAAGAAUUUGAUUGUUUUGGAUGGAACAUGGUCAAAGGCCAAGAAAAUGUAUGCUGAAAAUCCCUGGUUGAAGUUUUUGCCACAUUUGAAGUUGGAAUUGGACAAGGUUAGCUUGUAUGGUGAAGUCAGGAUUCAGCCAAAGGCUGGAUGUUUGUCCACCCUUGAGAGCAUUGUAUAUGCACUAAGGGCAGUGGGGGACAAUGUUGAGGGGUUGGAUAAUCUUUUGGAUGUUUUAGAGUCUAUGGUUGUGGACCAAAAGCGGUGUAAAGAAGAAAGGCUGAGCAAUGCAGGUGAUGUAUGAACCUUCCGCUCAGUUUCAUUUAGUACGGUUUUGACAGUAUCUUGAAACCUAGUGAAAGCAACAGACAAAACUAUACAUCAUUAUAUGUCGUUGGUGACCAUUUUUGGUCGCUAUAUUAUAAAUUGUACUCUUUUUAUUUUUUAUAUCGGUGUUUAGUUCGUGUUUACUAGAACUUGUUUCUGUAGCCCACAUUUCAUCAAAUACAUCAAAAGGGUACCUUUAUUUUAUGCACCCUACUUUUAUA